UGACAUUGACAGACUAAUCAGUUUCUGUUUUGUUUUAGGCUACACAACAGUCCUAAAUCUUUUAACAAUCAGGAUGUUUUGCCAAAGAGGGAAACUUAUUACAAAACUAGCCUUAGAACAGCCUACAAAAGAAUGGAAGGUACUUGAGACUGUGAAAGAUUCAACUGUUGUAGAGUGUGCAACCAAGAGUGUCGAUAAUGCUUCACAAUGUAUAAUUAACGGUGAAGCUACUUUCAUUGAUAAAAAUAAUAUUGCUUGUGAAAUUGGCCUUAAUAUGGUUGAUGAUAUUCCUGGAUGUGAUCAUGCUUCUCCCAGUUUCUAUGAAUUACAGCCCAUGCGCAAAACCACCAAUGUAAUUGGUAACGCUACCGAUGAAGUUGAUAGUAGUAUGGAUAACGACAUAACACCUGAAAUUGAGUAUGGUCAACGAUGCUGAUGGAAAUGACAGUUCAGCUGUGCAAGACAUUUUUGAUUCUGACGAUACUGAUGAAGACCCAAACUACUUAUCUGAGACAGAAAGCGAGAGUUCAUCACAGAGC